AUGGGCAUUCAAGAAAGAAUCAAGGAGAUUCAGUUCGAGAUGGCCAGAACACAGAAGAAUAAAGCUACUGAAGGGCAUCUUGGACUGCUAAAAGCUCGUUUAUCAAAGCUAAAAGCACAGCUUCUUGAACCACCUAAAGGAGGAGGUGGGAAAGCUGAAGGCUUUGAUGUUGGGAAAUAUGGAGAUGCAAGAGUUGCCCUGAUUGGUUUUCCUAGUGUGGGUAAAUCUACCUUGUUAAGCUCAUUAACACCUACACAGUCUGAAUCUGCAGCAUAUGAAUUUACAACCUUAACAUGUAUCCCUGGAAUCAUUACUUAUAAGGGAGCUAAGCUACAGCUUCUAGAUCUUCCUGGUAUUAUUGAAGGAGCUAGUGAGGGAAAAGGAAGAGGAAGACAAGUUAUAGCAGUUGGGAAAUCGGCCGAUUUAAUUUUGAUGGUUUUAGAUGCUCAGAAUGCAAAAGAACAGAAAGCUAAAAUUACAGCAGAGCUUGAAAGUGUCGGGAUUAGGCUUAAUAAGAGAAGACCUGAUAUCACAUUUCAAAGAAAAGCGGCUAAUGGGAUAGUUUUUAAUGCGACCUGCCAUUUAACACAUAUGAGCCAAGAGAUAGCAAGGAAAAUCUGCCAUGAAUACAAAAUAUUCCAUGCUGAAAUUUUGCUUAGAGAAGAUGCAUCAGUUGAUGAAUUUAUUGAUAUUGUUGAAGGGAAAAACAGAAGCUAUAUUCCAUGUUUAUAUGUAUAUAACAAAAUUGAUAACAUCUCAAUUGAAGAAGUCAAUGAUUUAGCAAGAGAGCCUGAUUCAAUCGUUAUCUCUUGCAAUUUAAGGAUGAACUUAGAAUGGCUGGUCGAAAGAAUUUGGCAAAAAUUAGGUCUUGUGAGAGUUUAUACCAAAAAGCCUGGAUUUCACCCUGAUUUUGGUGACCCGCUUAUAUUGACUGAAAGAAGAGAUGGAAUAAGCAUUGAGGCUGCUUGUAUACAGCUGCAUAAAGAUCUAGUGGACGAAUUUCGAUGUGCUUUUGUGUGGGGAAAAUCAACGAAGCAUUUAGCUCAGAGAGUAGGGUUAAAGCAUAUUCUUUGCGAUGAAGAUGUAGUACAAAUACUUAAAAAGAAAAGUUAA